AUGACUUUCAACACAAGGAUAAUCCAAUGGAACAAGCUGCUAAUGUCGCCACUGGGCCUCUGGCCUGAGAAUUUCUCUAACUUACGUUUUUAUAUUAACUUCCUCUACAUGGGCUAUUUCGUAUCCUUAGAGUAUCUGGAUUUGUGGGUUUUUAUCGAAGACUUCGAUCGCGUUCUCCUUAAUGUCGUGGAGAACGCGGCUUUCACGCAAAUUAUGUUACGAAUGUACAUACUUUAUAGCUAUAACCGCAGCAUCGGCGCACUGUUCAAUGAAAUCAACGACGAUCUUAUCUCGAAGGAAUACACUAACGAAGAGAGAAAAAUUUUCAUCACUUAUCAAGUGAAAUCUGUUAUCUUUAUAAAAUUAUUGGUUAUCAGUACUGCACUUACCGCCACGUCUCAUUACGCUAAUCCAUUUAUAGGACAAAUUAGUGAAAUUGUAGAAUAUGCAGGAUCAAGCAGCGAGAAUUCGUCCAUCGUCUUUAGGAUGCCGUAUUGCUUUUAUCAGUUUUACGAAAUAAAGGACGUGUCGACGUACUUCUGGACGUACGGCACGCAACUGCCGUUCGUCUUUGUCAGCGCAUUCGGCCAGUGCUCGUCAGACUGCUUGAUGGUCACAAUGGUCUAUCACAUUUCCGGCCAAAUGGCCGUUCUCGCGCUUCGAAUCACAAACAUCGAUACCGAUCCCAAGCGCUGCACGAUCGAGCUCCAAAAGGCCUUUAGGUUGCACAUAAGGCUGCUCCGAAUGGGCAAAGACGUACAGGAAAUAUUCAGCGUGAUCCUAAUUGGACAAAUUAUAUCUUCCUUAUUGCUUGUCUGUACUUUGGGAUAUCAAAUUUUAUUAAACCUAAUGAUUGGAGACAAUUUUGGUUUAUCAUCAUUGAUUGUAUUCAUCUUCCUAGUAUUCCUGAUACUCUACACUCACUGUACAAUUGGCGAAAACCUGAUAAUCGAGAGCAAUCGUGUGGCCGAGGCUUAUUACAACUGCAACUGGUAUCAAAUGUCUAAUGAAAAUGCAAAAAUGAUUUUAUUAUGCAUCCAUCGUGCACAGAAACCGAUGCAACUCUCUGCUGGACAAUUCAAAACGUUUUGUCUUAUGACUUACACCGAUACUAUCAAAACUUCCUUGGGAUACUUGUCAGUUUUAAGAAAGACGCUAUAG